AUGCGCUCGUGGCACGAGGCUCUCCCGACGCAUCCCGUGCUGGAGCGGCGCGGCGCGGCGCCUGUGCCGGAGGCGGACACGGUGCGGCGCACGUCGCUGCUCGCUACUCGCGGAACCGAUUUGAUUGUCGUCGUGCAGAACGAACUGCGAAUGACCCCUCUCGCGCAGACCAAGCGCGCGAUGGAUCAGGGCUUGGAGGCCCCGGGCUACAAAGUGCUUGACAGCGACGUACUUGAUUUUGCUAUUCAAAGUGUGCAUGUGAACCCAACCGGCAAGCUCCUCGUUGUUGUCGGCACCCACACCCUCGCGCUCGUCAUCCUCCCGCGGCGGGGGUACAUGAAACAGAUCGGCGCGCGCGUUCCCGUGAAGGCGGUGCGCAUCGGCGCCUUUUACCAUGCGCCACACGGCACAUCUGCAAUAGCGCAGUGCCGCUGGCAUCCUCUCGGCACGGAAGGCGCCAGUCUCGUCGUGCUGACCGAGGACGCGAUCGUGCGUGAGUACGACGUGGCGCAUGACGUCGACGAGCCGAAGCAGACCAUUGCAGUGCUUCCACCCACGCGGUCUGCGCCCUCCAAGUGGAGCGCCGACGACGACGACGAACACUGUGCCGUGUCGUGCGCGUUUGGGCGCGAUAUCGGCGAGAGCCGCGCACUGGCACCUGCCGUGCACGAGGACGAUAGCCUGGACACGGGCGCGACUUACAUGCCCACCUGGCUGCCCUAUACGCUCUUUGUGCUUAUGCGCAGCGGCGACGUGUACGUGGUAUGCCCAUUUCUCCCGCACCACGCGAUGCUCUCGCGUAGCGCUGUGCAGGCACUGGCCAAAACCGAGGCGCAGCACGCUCGCACACGCACACUCAAGUACCUUGCAGAGAUUCUGCGCCAGAUGCCCUCAUCCAGCGUGCGUGCCUCGCCGGCGCCUGACCUGACGCUUGACGACGAGGCGUCGUCGCCGCUUGAGGCCGUCGCCAUCACGGCGCCCAGCAGCGUAGCACACCGCGUGGCCGUGCAAGGCCCGUGCUUCUUACGCCCGUCACCGCGCGAGCUGGAUGACGAGUAUACGUCGCAGGCGUGCGACCUGUGGUUGGGCCAGAUCCGUGCGGACGAGACGCGAGCGCGCCUCGAUGUGCUGGCCAUCGCCGCGCGCGACGGCAGCCUCCAUCUCGGCCUGCUUGCCGCGCCGAUCACCCCGGCAUGGGCACGCAGCACAGCACCGCCCACGAUCGCCGUGCACGAGUGUGUGGACCUCGCGCUGCCCGGCCCGCGAGCGGCGCUCCUGGCAGCGAACCACGUGUCGCUGGUGGAAGACCCCCUAUACCCCGAUACGAUCUACGCGACGCACUUGUAUGGCAUGCACGCCCUGUCGCUGCGAUCUUGGACAGCACCGCUUCUUGAUGCAUUGACGCACAGUGACAAGCAAGCACUGCAGCAGACGGUACAGGACGGUGUGCCCACCGAUGUGACGUGCGUAGUGCGCAUGCCUGCCGACGAGGCGGCAGGGAUCGCGGGCGCCCUUGUCCUCAACGAUGUGUACUUGUCGUACACGCUUGUCGUCCUCACGGCCGAUGGCCAGCUGGCCGCGCGCGAGCUCGUGCUGCAUCCAGGUGCGAGUGCGCCUGCGCACGAGCCGGUGCCUGACGCCGAGCGCACCUACCGUCCCUUGCUAUCGCACCCCUUUACGCCGCCGUCCGCCCUGACGCCUGUCCCCCUUGCCCUGCCACGCUCGUGGGCGCCGCACACGGCCGUGCUGCCUGUGACGCCUGACGCGCUGCGCGCGCUAGGCCAGCUCGCUGAGGCCGUUCGUGCGCGUUUGCAGGAGGUGGCGGCAGCAGGCAGUGCGGUGCAGGCGCGUGUCUCGGAGCAGAUGGCCGAGAUGCAGCGCCAGCUGCGCGAGCUCCAAGUGGCGCAGGAGUGUGCCGCGGCCCUCCAGGCGCGCGAGCUGCCGGAGCGUGUGCGCCGGCUUGAAGAGGCGCAAGCCAAAACAGUACAGCGCCUCGAUACGCUUCUGCAGAAGCUUAUGGACGAGCACACGCCGCAGCUCUCGAUGUACGAGCGCCGCUGGUUCGACGAGCUCGAGCGCAUGUCGGACGAGUUUGGCGCGCCCCACUCACGCGCAGCGGCGCAGCAGCAAAAGCUGGCGCACCAGCUCGACGUGCUACGUCCGCAGCUCCAGGCGCGGGCCGCGCAGCAGGCGGCGGCGAGUGAGCCCGGUGCCUCGGCGCUUGGCACGCGGCAGCUGGCGCGCGUCGAGGCGGUGCUCGCGGAGGAGGCGCGCCUGCUCGCGCAGGCCCGUGCGAAGGUACAGCGCCUGCAGCAGGCCAUGUAUGCGCGGUCGUGA